UAACACACCAUAAGGUGCUGUUUGCUUUCGAAUGUGUGUGGGGGGGGGAUCAGUGUGAAUGGGUGGCUGGUGUUGUCUAUUGUUGAAUCUGUUGUUCUGUUUAGCUCAGUUUGUUUUUGAGUGGUUCAGUGGCUUUUCUGGGCUUUGGGAGACAGUGACGCUGCUUUCAUCAUAUGUCAGGAGGAUAUGGAGAAUCACAGACAAGCUGCAGAGGAUUUGACAACAACAGAAAGAACUGGUCUCUGAGGCCUGAAUCAGCCCAGCAAUGGCCCUCAAUGAACUGAAAUGGAGUUUUUUUCAGGCCAAGGCUCUAGUCCACUCACUGCUGGUCCUCCUGUGUCUGCACACAGCCACAGGAAUGUCAGGGUGGGGUGGAUGUUUGGAUGGUCAGGAUAUCUUCACAAAAAUCCCAGAAAAUAGCCAUUGGGGAGAUGUUGUUGCUGAGGUCAUGGCUGAGAGCACAGUGGAGGGGGUUCACUGGAGCCUAGAAGGAAAUGAUGCUGAUUGGUUCUUCUUGGAUGAGACAAGCAUUCGGCUAAACACAUCAGAAGACAAGGUCCUUGACCGCGAGGCUCAGGGUCCUGUAUUAAUGGCUGAGUUGUCCUGUUAUGAGGACGACACACUUCAGGGUGUGUACAGGAUCGUGGUGGAGGUCCUCAAUGAGAAUGAUAAUGUCCCUGAGUUCACAGAAGACACUGUCACGUCUCUUACUCUCAGUGAGUUGACUCCAGUGAAUACUGUGGUUUUUACCAUUAAGGCCACAGAUGCAGAUAAUGACAAGAUCAUUUACUCUAUUGACCAGGCAUCGCCUGAUGCAGAGUACUUCAAGAUUAAUCUCCCCAACAGUGGAGAAGUGAUACUGUCAAAACCUCUUGACUAUGAGACCAAAACCCUGCUGACUGUUACAAUCCAUGCCUCUGAAAUGGAUACCGCUGAGCACUUCAAUACCAGCACCUCCUUAACCAUCAUCGUCCAGGAUGGAGAUGACCAGUACCCAGAGUUCCUGCCCUGCAUGCUGCUUUUCCAGGAUGAGAUGAGUCGUAUCUGCACCAGCCCUGUGUACACAGUCAAUGUCACAGAGGGGGAAGAGGACGUGGUGUUGGACUUCUCUCCUGGUCCCAUUCAUGCAGUGGAUGGAGACAAAGGACUCAGCUCUCCACUCAGCUAUGUGGUCAUGUUAGGAGACAAGGAUGGCCGUUUCCAGAUGGACAGAGAUACGGGGGAGGUGAAACUGAUGCGGGGGGUUGAAGACAGACUCACAACUCCAGAGCUGCAUCUACAGGUCAUGGCAUACCAGGACGAUGACCCCAGGAAGUAUUCUGUUGCUACAGCUUUGGUCCGAGUUUUGGCAGUGAACCAGUUUCAUCCAGAGUUUGACAUGGCUGAAUAUAAAGGCUUUGUAACUGCCACAAAGAGCCCAUCCUCUCUGGUCAACACCUAUGGCAGCAAAGCCCUGACGUUACACGUACAAGAUAAAGACUUUAACGAUGGUUUUAAUCCCAAGAUCCACUUCAUCAUCAGUCCUACAUCCAAUCACCCAGACCUCUUCCGUAUCACACAUGAGGGUCUUCUGAUCGCCAGGACCGAUCAGCUUAAACCAAAACAGAAACACAUUGUAGAGGUAGCUGCUGUAGACCAUGAGUCGGGUGACGCCACCUUUGCUACUGUAGUGGUUGACGUGUUAUCUGAGGGACAAUCAAUCCCUCAUAGUCCACUGAUGGAUGACCGUCUGAUCGGCUGCACUAUGGGCAAAGCAUUUUUUCUGAGCAUAGUAAUCAUGACUGUAAUUGGAAGUAUAACGUCAAUGGGGAUGUGGCUGAAGAACAAACAAAAGGGAAUGAGGAACCCGCUGGAGAGAGGCUGCGUGGCCCAGGGAAAACAUCGCAAUGUGAGCUUACGGUGGUUCCAACUGGCGAGUCACCGUAGUGGCAUGUCACACACAGAGGAAGUACCAUACAACAAUGAAGAAUAUGGAACUUGCAAUCCCUCCUUCAUCUUCACAGACAACCCUGGCAUCUACACCCACCAAGACCUCCCGUCUUGCCGAGGGCCCGUUCCACCCAAAACGACCGCUGCACCCGACACCAGCUUCAUCCCAGCUGAGUCUGCGCUCAGCCCUGUGAUCUUCAACAAUGUUUUCACACCACCCCAAAGGUCCUUCAGUUUACCUUCCCUUCACCCGGCCUCUGAGGAUGUGAGCCCCAAACAUACGGCUCAAAUUUAUGCUACAUCUGAAGAAUACCCUGACUCACCCUCUGAUACAUCCAUUGACCUCACUGAGGAUGUACCAAACAUCAGUCCUGGCCCUGCAACACCUGAUACAACAAGAUCUCCAUCCUAUCCUGAUUCACAAACUACAAAAGCAACCACCAGCGAUGACCCCGCUGACAGCUACACCAGCCCCUCCUCUCAAUCCAGUGUGCCAUUCAGUUUUACCCGAAUUGCUUCAGCAGAAAUAGACAAACCCUUUCGCAAGCCUCGUGUGAAGACACCCCCAUAUUCACCUUUACUGUCCUCACCCCUGGCCAAGCAGACGGGUACAUCCCCACCUAUCCCAGAGCAUGCACCUUUAAAAGCCAGGCUUGUAAUUAUAGAUACGUCUCCCCUUGAUACUCCUCAAGAGACACCACAGCGAACAUCUUUAACUCCAAGCACAGAGGGAGACCAACCCUCCACAUCACUGGACCACAAAGAGCACUCAGGUGGGGCUCCAGCUGCCGGAAAUCAAUCUCAGGUCAUGAGGCCCUUUACAAACUUUGAGAAGAAGCAGGGCGUCAGCGGGGUGAGGGAUGUGGCUGAUGAUGGAAAUAAGGAUGCAGACAAAAACAAGAAUGAGGAUGAUGAUGAUGAUGAUGAUGAAUUAGAGUCAGACGAAGAAGAACUGUUGAAAGUGAUGGCUCGUUGUAAUCCUAUUUUUAUCACAUUUAAUAAGUGAUGUCACUAUAAUAUUUUAAAUUGACUGACGGGGAUACAACAGAGAAUGGAAGAGGUUAGGAGAGGUAGAUGACACAGACAGCGGACACACAAUGUAUACUGUAAUAAAAACAUAAGCAUUUAACAACACACUAUUAUAACACAUUAUGUUGUUCCAUUUAAACCAUAAUAUUAGCAUAGAUGACAGGAAUAAGUGGCUAUGACUGCACAGUACAGGGUUAAAAGACAGUCUUUUAAAUCAAACUCAUCAGGAUAAAUUUCAAAUUUAAGUAUCAAGGAUACGAUGAGCAUUGCAAGGUUAGUACAAAAACCCAAAAGAAAUCAGUAUAAAUAUAUUUUUCUUUUAAUGUUUACAAAUUAUAAUGAUAUUGUGUGUGUCUUUUUUUUAAUUAAAAGUAAAUCUACAUGAAAUGAAUAUUCUCCCUGAAGUUAUGCAUAUCAACUAUUAACCCCAUUUUCAGAUGAAGGCCUUAAGAUGUGCUCAAAAGAGUACAUCUUCAAACAUGUUUUCACACCACCCCAAAGGUCCUUCAGUUUACCUUCCCUUCACCCGGCCUCUGAGGAUGUGAGCCCCUCGUUGCAAUCCUAUUUUUUAUCACAUUUAAUAAGUGAUGUCACUAUAAUAUUGGAAAUUGAGUGUGACGGGGGGUACAACAGAGUGGAAGAGAUAAGGAGAGUUAGAUGACACGGACAUGAAAAUGCUCCACCUCUCUCUAUGGGAUUAAAGUUCAUUUCCAAACUAUCUCUGACCACUUUCCCCAUAUUUAUUAUUUAAAUAGUACUAUUAUAUUUAAAAACUACUGCACACUUUUCAUACUUAUAGGCCUAGUUUGUUAUGCGUCUCUUCAAGAUGCGUCCAUUUUUGUCUUUAAACAUGAACAAAAUGUGAACGGCCUACCAAAGCAGAGGAGUUGGUUUACGUACUGAACAUGAUAACCAACCCACCCCUCCAGACAGAAACAGAUGCUAAGGUCUGUGACUUGAAUAUGAUGCUUAAUCAAGCCUUGAGAGGCAAGUAACACAUUCUGGUGAUUCAUUUUCAGUUUAUUCAAAUCACUUUUUUAAAACUGCUGAAAAAAGACGCUCGACAGUUUACAUUUUUCUUUUGUGAGGCACACACUGGGGAAAGUAACAGCAAUACUUUAAGCUAAAUGUGAAAAAUGCUAACAUGUCAACAAUGACAAGGUUAAAAUGCUAAUGUUUGGCAGGUCUACUAUGUCAUGUUCCCAUUCUUAAUGCUAACAUAGCAGUUCCACAUCUGAGACAUUUACAUUGUUAUAGUAGCUUGGGAUAAAAUAAAAGGUAAAAAAGAGGCUGCAUUCAAUACUAUAAAUACAGCAUGUAGAGUUGAGUUCUUAUCCGAUUAGUAAUCUGUUUACUUAUUUCAUCAAUUCAAUUUAACCCACAUCUUAACACUUUUGUACAUUCAAUACAAACACAGAGAAGGGAGUCCCUUAAAACUUUGAGGCUAAGAUUCUUGAUAAAUAGUACAAGGGGAACUGAAAUAGAUACAAGAAAGCUUUUGUUAAGAUCAUCAUUAGAAAAUGCAUUACAUAUUCUGUGAUACUUUACGAGAGUCAUAGAUUAAACAAGUUAAGACUCUAUUCAUCAAAGGGGGAUUAGAGGGGAAAGGUUUUUCCUCAAACAUGGCAAGAGGAAAGAGUUCUAAGACAACAGCCAACAGAACAGUAGGUCAACAGCCUGAAGUGAAGCAGGAAACAGAGCAUUUCCUUAUAAGGAAUAAAAAUAGAAAGAACAGGGUUCCGAUGCGGCAGACCAUUUUCAACUUCUGCAUAAUACUAUUAUUGGUCUGUUUUGCUUUUACCAUAAACAACUUUCUGAGAACAUUACCUUGGCUCAACAGUGUGACUAACAUUACUUUAGUAGCUAACGCCAUGUUAACCACACAUGACAACUAGCACUUCAAGUCAAAUGAAUACAGUCGACUAAAGGCUCCGAUUGUAUUUGUUUUUAUUGAGACAUUCUUCUCAAUCACAAAAUCUGGACCUGAUUGUUAGAGUGCUCAGUUUGCAGACCGACAUCAUAUUUACAGUAAAGUCUCUAGUGAAAGGGUGGCCGCUGCAGUGAGCCUGUAAAAAAAACAUUGUCAUAUACAUUAUAGUAUACCAUAAAAAUUCUCAACAGUGGUUAUAAAUGGUGAUAAUACAAGCUUAACAAAUAUAUUUAGGAGGGGGAGGUGUUUGUAGGGGGAAAAAGGCUUUUUUUUCAUACCACUUACAAAACAGGACAGAAUUUUUUGCUUGGCACACAAAAUAGUUAGUUCAGCUGAAUUCAACCAAACGUAACAUAAAAAAGGGAAAAUAAGUCAAGAGAACAAGUAAUAUACGUACACACAGAUUCACACGCACACACACACACUAUUGAGCUUAUGAGGAAAAAGAGAAAGAA